CACUCAGGUCAGAGGGAGCUGGGGGCUUUUUUUUCCCCCAGCUGUCUGACCUGGCAUCUUGUACAGCCCAUGGGGCUUUUUGGCUCAGCUGAAGCAGAGGGGGCAGGACACCAGCACCUCCCACGCUGAGGAGACCCUGAGAGCCUAAGGCUUUCUGAUCUCAGCCUAAAGGCAAGUUUCAUCAUGGGGCGUAUGUCACAGUAGAAAUGGGCCACCUCUGUACCACAGAAAGGAUACCAUUGGAUGCUGAGGUCAUUAACUGUGAAGGCUUCUGGAUUUGUUCUUGAAGAGUUCUUGGAGGGAAGAAGAAGAAGAAGGAGGAGGAGGAGGAGGAGAAGAAGAAGGAGAAGAAGAAGAAAGAGGAGGAGGAGGAGGAAGAGAAGCAGCAACAGCAGCACCUAUGAUAUAGGAAUGAAAGACAUGAGGGGGAAGGUGUUGGUGUUCCCUAAUGAAUCAUCUGAUGCCCAUGUCCUCCUGAUCCCUCAGAUUGAGAAGUCACUGCAGAAUUUUACUGUGUGCCUUCGUGCCUACACUGACCUCACCCAUCCAUACAGUCUCUUCUCAUAUGCUACAAGAACCAAAGACAAUGAACUCUUCCUAUUUAAGUCCAAAGAUAGGGAAUACUCUCUUUUUAUUGGGAAUGAAAAGGUUGCUUUUAGAGUCACUGAUGAUCUUUCUUCCCCAGUACAUAUUUGUGUAAACUGGGAGUUAGACUCAGGCAUAGCUGAACUGUGGAUGAACGAUAGGCUCCUAGUAAGAAAGGGCUUGAAGAAGGAAUAUUCACUGGGAAAAAAGGCAAAGAUUGUCCUGGGACAAGAGCAAGAUUCAUUUGGGGGAAGUUUUGAUAAUAGCCAGUCCUUUGUGGGAGAAAUUGGAGAAGUGCACAUGUGGGAUUAUGUACGCUCCCCACAGCAGGUUCAUUCUUUUUACCACAGUGGGACCUUAAGUGGCAAUAUCCUAGACUGGGGAGCAUGGAAUGGUGAGAUAAAAGGUUAUGUGGUCACAAAACCCCAGGUGUGGUCCUGGUCCUAAGUCUCUGGGCCAUUAACAUACUAGUAAACAUAACUGAUCAGCAAGUUGAUGGUUCUUUCCCUAGGAGAUUAGAUCUCAUAUACCUAGAUCUGAGGGUCUUUG